AUGCCUCGAGAGGUUUCCCUCCGCAGGUUUUACUGCGAUUACUGCGACACGUACCUCACCCACGACUCGCCCUCCGUGAGAAAAACCCACUGCAGUGGCCGAAAACACAAAGAGAAUGUGAAAGACUACUAUCAAAAAUGGAUGGAGGAACAAGCCCAGAGCCUGAUUGACAAAACAACGGCUGCAUUUCAGCAAGGGAAAAUCCCACCGACACCAUUCUCGGCACCACCGCCCGCGGGAGCCAUGAUACCACCUCCUCCCAGCAUCCCUGGCCCCCCGCGGCCUGGCAUGAUGCCGGCCCCUCACAUGGGUGGACCGCCAAUGAUGCCAAUGAUGGGGCCCCCCCCACCAGGAAUGAUGCCGGUUGGACCUGCUCCAGGGAUGAGGCCGCCGAUGGGAGGACACAUGCCGAUGAUGCCGGGGCCCCCAAUGAUGAGACCACCCUCCAGACCCAUGAUGGUGCCAACCAGGCCGGGAAUGACCCGUCCAGACAGAUAAAGGUGGAAAUGGAGCUACCUUUUCUUGUUUGUUUUCCCAUCUUCCAUAUGAUAAAAUACCAUAGACCUAUGUCCCUCGGAUUUUGUAUUAAAACAGUGUGUAGGGGAAAUCUGCUGUUACUUCAGACUGCAGACGGUUUGACCUAGAUGCACACUGGACUGAUGCUUUUGUACCUGGUCUGGUUUUUUUGGUGGGUUUUUUGGUUGGUUGGUUGGUGUCCCCCCCCGCCGUUGAAUUGUAAAACACAACAAUAAAACAUUGAUGUUCGUUUACA